CCGCUAAGCAUUAUGCAUAGUUCGAGCUGCACUUACGAUCUAUAAACUGGCGCAAAAGUAGUGCAAAAGUAAUUGUUGCCACGCACUGAACUCGUUGAUAACCGCCGGCAGUCGGCGGGGUCUGCGAUUACGAGAUCCAGGCGGACGGUCGCAGCUAACCCGUCUAACUAGUUGACUUUGGGGGGGCACUUAAUCCGCGACGCCCAGGCCCGCGUGGCACCACUCCGUUGGAGUACAGGCAGGCGACUCCAGCGCUGACCAGCGCCAGUUCUGAUUGGAACGGCCUUUCGAGCGGUACACACAUACUCUUUGAUCCGUCAGGAUGAGGAUGUUACGUCUGCAGUUGAUGGCCCUGCUGUUGGUGGGCCUGCUCCUGGCGCUGAUCUCAGCCGAUCCUGGGCCGCAGGACACGGAGGUGGCGCGAGAAAAGCGAGGCACCAUCACCCUGGACUUUGGCCUGCUCCUGCGUAACCUGCUGCUCAAGAGCGCCCAGCUGUCCUCGGCUAAGGCCAAUCUGGCGCGGACCACACGUCGUCCACCGACGACCACCACGACGACGCCGCCUCCGCCACCACCACCUGCUCCGAUACGCAUUCGUAAGCCCAUCUGGCAUCCGUUCUUCAGUUCCGGUUUCCUGCCCGGGGCCUUCGAUGUGGACUACGCUGAUCCUCCGGCACCACGACCUCCAGCGCCUGCGCCGCCCACUACACAGCCACCUAGACGCGUCCGACCGCAGGUGCGACCACGUCCACGCCCAACGACACUGGCACCGCCUCCUCCGCCGAACUAUGACUACGACUAUGACUAUGAUGCGCAGCCAGCGGCGCCAGCUGAACCUCCACCGCCUCCACCUCCUCCGCCGCCGCCCACAGCUCCGCCACGCCCAAGGCCACGGCCGCGCCCACGACCCCAGCAGCCCGAUCCUCAACAGCGGCGUCCCGCCCAGCUGGGCGACCGCCUUAUCUAUCAGUACGCACAACCUACUGAUACCUUCUUUAGGUCGCGAGCCGUGGCGGAGGCGACGGCGGCGGCUGACCCAGACAGCGGAGACUUAGUUGACUCCCAGGACCCGGACUCAGUUGCCGAUCCGGAUGCGGCUGCAUUUCCUGUCACUGCAGAUGGGCCUGACUCCCAACCUGCUUCUCCCCCACCAAGUGCUUCGCGAUUUUUGGUCAACUACGAGAGCGAUGACGACUUUGGGCAGCCGUUUGCUGGACAGCGGGCUCAGGAUGCGGGUCAGGAUGGGGGUCAGGAUCAGGGUUCAGCGGGUGCUUCUGGUAUUCCCGCAUCAUCCCAAGGCUACUUCCCGCCCCUCGAGCUUGGCAACACGAAUCGCUUCCCAACUUUCAAUCAGCAGCAGUACUUCUAUAAUUAAGCGGUAGAGUUUCUCAUUUUUCCAACGUGGGCAAUAAAAUUAACUUCGCAGCUUGAUAUAUUAUGUGUAUGUACAUAUGUAUAGCUUAUGUGUUGCAGUGUGCUUAAAAUUGAACAUAAACUAUUUUAAAUAUAAGCAUCCAUUUUUUUGUAUUCCCAGUUUGCAUAGUUGUAAAUAACAUAUCAAAUAAAGUAAU